UUACGGUUAAUAUUUAUUUAGAGGUUAGCACUGGUAAUGAGCGAAUUGCGUGUUUUUGACUGUUGAGACGUUUAGUGGAAGUAGGUAGAAACACAUGCGUGAUAGAGAGGUUGCGAAACAACAUUAUUUUUAGUUUACAAGUAACGUUUAUCGAUCUAUUGAGCAAUAAGCCCAGUUAGUUAUUGGAGUAUUCGAAUUUUUAUAUCAAAUGGAACCACUAAACGUUAAAAUUCCCAAAGGGGUUCCUAAUAGUCCACAAUCGGUGAAAACUCCUGAUUGUAGCCCUAGACUUAAUGUUCCGAGUCCAAUAAUUACUAGAAGGACAAGAACAGAUUCUAUGUGUGCAAGAGCUUUACUCAAUCCACAGGAAAGGGGCAAGGUGAAGUAUUUUAGUAGAUCGAAAGGACAUGGGUUCAUAACUCCAAACAAGGGAGGAGAAGAGGUUUUUCUGCACAUUUCAGAUAUUGAAGGAGAAUACGUUCCACUGUCUGGAGACGAGGUGGAGUACCGGCUGUGUCCGAUUCCUCCCAAAUUUGAGAAGAACCAAGCAGUCCACGUCCAUAUUAUCAACUUCACUCCAGAAGUCCAUCUGCGGUGGGAUGCUCCUUUACAUGAAUAGGGUUUCUCGCAAGUUCCUCAAUUGAAGUGCCACCAGCCAAGAACAGGCCUCAGCUACAUACAGUGCUCCGGAGUUGGUUUUAGAUUUAAGUUAGAUUACGAUAAGAUAUAUAGUUUUUAUUUGGUUCACUUUUUCAGGGUCUCACAA